AUGUCUUCUCGUUCCGCCACCCCUGCAUUGACUCCCUCGCUCGUCAACCGCCGCCUCGCCUCCUUGCUCGUGGUCCUUGAGGCUCCGCCGACUGCCGAUGCCGCGCUCGACAUGGUCGAAGAGUGGGCGCAGGAUUUGUCGCUGCUCGUCCUCGCCUAUCGCAAGGCCUUGGGCGCCAUCCGCGACGAGGAGAUGGAGUUGCGCGUCGCUGCUGCCGUCAAGCAGCUUGCCAAGCAGGCAUCGGAAUUGUGGGUCGAGUGGGCGCGCGGGGACUGGCCAGAGCUCGUGACCGCCAUCGACAUCGAGGUCCAACGACGCGCUGAAGAGCAGAAGCAUCUCGCCGAGGAGGAAGCACGACGCGUCGAAGAGGCUGCAAAGCGUGAUGAAGAGGAACAGCGCCUCGAAGACAAACAUCGCGCGCAAGAGGCCGCCGAUGAAGAGAUGGCAAGGAUCGCGGCCGCUGAAGGACUUCUCGACAAGGGGAAAGGGCGCGCAAGGGUCGAUGACGAGGUCACCGAGUUGUCGGACGACCCCUCGGUCAAGACUCCUCGGACGCUCGAACGUCCUUUCACGAUGACGGAGGUCGACAUGGCCGCCGUUGCGCUUGAGAAGCGCCAGUCGGGACAGAAGUGUGAUCGUUGCGCCGGCUACCGCUCGACCCCGGUGGAGUGCGUGUGGGUCGAGAAUGCCACAACUUGUGAGAGGUGUGCGCAGUUCCAACAGGGCUGCUAUUUCGACAAAGUGUCUGUCCUGGGCAAGACAAAGAAGACGCGCGGCGGGAGAUCUACCACAAAGAAGUGCAUUCGGCCGACCUCUCCUGGGCCUUCGGUCGCAGAUGCAAGUGGUUCGAAAAAGCGUCGAGUCGACGAGCCCCCGCGCCCCCUUCUACAACUGCCUCUCGAUGGGGCCAGCCGCCUUGGGCUCGAACAGGACGACCUCAAUGCGCUCGACCUGGACGACGAAUCUCGGGGAAUCAUUCGCAUCAUCCGCGAGGAGCGCGCUCACAUCGCUCGCCGUCGAGCGCUCCUACACGACAUGGACCUCGACCUCCAGAAGAUGGAGAAGGCCGCGCUUGCAAAGGGAGGAAUCGAUUUUGUGUGCGGGGCUGUCGACGAUGAGUAG